CAUGGCGGGUUGUCAAGCUCCCCACCCCUGCCGCUCCCAGUUAAAAGACACAUGAGCAUCGCGCUAUAGAAUGGACGAAUCCAUUUUUGGGGGUUCUUGCUCCUAACUACCAGCAUGCCAGCUCUGGACACGUUCUGUGACUGCGUGAGAUGCGGCACCGUCCUUUGUCGUCAUUGUCAUUACAAGUCAUCAAGUUGCCUGCCCGCAAUGUUUGCUUGUCGUUGAGGAAGAAAAACAAAAACAAAAUGACUCUUAUAGUCUCAGAGGACGCUUAACAAGAAAUGAGUCCGAAACAGCCCCCGAAGCAGCCAGACGAAGAAGGCAUCUUGGGUGAGAAACCUUCACUGAAGGAUUACGCUGAGAGCCUCUACGGCAGACCCCGAACACCGGCCGCUAGCUCGACAGGGUACAAUAAGCCAAGAGAGAGCGCCUACACUGGCGCGAAAGAAGAGCGCCCUCGUCCCCGUCAAGAAAGAAGCGUGAGCUACCACGACGCCGUGAAUGAAAAAUCAAACACGCAACUUAAUCUGAAAGCGAGCCAGAAAUCGGUCACAAAGUCGAGCCAAAAAUUGAACUCCAGCUCAAGCCAAAAAUUGAGGUCCAGUCCGAACUUGAACGACGGAGACGACGGGAUAGGACCGGAUGCGUUCAGUAGCGCUGUGAAUCUUCCACCAGCUGCGGUAGAGCGACCUUGCUUUGUUCGGAGAGUCACCGCGGGUUUAUCGUUUACGGAAAUUCUGGGAUACAUCAUAUUCUUCGCCUGCUUGUGGUAUGUGGCCAUCAUCUUCGCUAGCUGUCUGAAGACUCAGCUGCAAAAGGAGUUUCAGGGGUUUUUCGUUUGCAACAAACACCCCAAAAAUUAAUAUUAUAUCCUAAUCUGUAUGAAAAGAUAUACAGUAAGUUAAAAUACAAGCAUAGAGUCGAAGCAUUAGGCGUAUAUUUUUUAAUACAUACAUACUAAUUUUGUAUGUAAUCAAUAAAAGCAGAAAAUCUGCUUUGAAACAGGUAUCUUCUAAAAGACAAAUUUAAAAAACAAGUUCUUAUUUGAAGUUAAAGUUCCAAACCAAAAAUGAGUGGCACGGAGCAUUCAGCGGUACCCUACACGCGUUUGGUGAACCUCGAAGUACAUACAAGGGCGGCUUUUCACUCGCAGGAGAGCAGAAAGUUCAGCGCUGGUUCAAACAAUAACAAACGGAAGACGCAUUUCUCAGGGAGUGAGAAAAAAGUAUCCCCCGAGCGCGGCCGAUUGAUGAGGCACAAAUCGAUGGCGUUAAAGAAAGCGUCGACUAAAGAAAAAUUAAGGAUCCAGUACUCGUACACCGUUCUUCACAGUGAUUCAGACGACAGUGGUCAAUCCACUAGCCUUGGGCCGGAAGUGGAUCGCUCCACUAAGCUGGUGGACGCGUGUAACAGCCGCAAGACAUAUACUACCUCGUGUUUGUCUCCCGUCUUGGAGGAGGGGGAGGUGUCAUCACCCUCGGAGCCCGAGAAAUCACUUGAGUUUAAGAAACCACCCCUAGAGCUCAAGGAACCCAUUACUAGGUCUAAGAAACCACACCUAGAGCUUAAAGAAUCCAUUACGGAGUCUAAGAAACCACACCUAGAGCUUAAAGAAUCCAUUACGGAGUCUAAGAAACCACACCUAGAGCUUAAAGAAUCCAUUACGGAAUCUAAGAAACCACCCCUAGAGCUCAAAGGAUCCAUUACAAAGUCUAAAAAACCACCCCUAGAACUCAAAGAAUCUAUUACGGAGUCUAAAAAACAAUCAUCAGAGUUCAAUGCAUUUUUAAAAGAGUCUAAGAGUUCGCCCCAAAAGUCGACUGAUUGUCUUGCUCUAGUUAACGACUCACCACCGCGUAUCAGCCCCUCCCCCAGUUCAUCACAGGAAGACGCUACGCCCGAGGGUUCUCAAGAUUUCACCGUCCAGGCGGAAAACUCCGACCCCAGCCUCCAGGAUUCAGACGGGAGUGUCCUGUCAAUGUCCCGAACCCUCAUCCCAGAAGAACGCACCGACAGCGUUAAACAGGAACGAACCUUCCUCGCAGAAGAUCGUACCGACAGCGUUAAGCAGGACACGCAAAGCUUUCGCGUGUCUUCGGAUUACGUCAAACAACUUUGCGCCCAGCCUCCCCUAGCAGAGACUUCGGUGUCGACGAGUUUCGACGAGAUUUUCAUCCACCCAGUCAACGCGCCCAAGUCUCAAGAAUCCAUCACCGACGCCAUGACAUCAAGCUGGGGAUUAACCGAACAGGAAAACAGACCCAAAAAAUUCGCGUCCAGAGUUCGCGUUAUGCUCAAACCGGAAGACAUUGAAUUUUUCGACAAGUACAUUAAACCCUUACGCGCCUGCUGCCUUUCUGCUUCGUAUACAGACUGGCUAAAAGGUACAACAGAGACCAAACACCCGUUCUUAACCGCCAAUGAUUUGUAUAUAGACGUGAGUGAAAUUGAAAAGUUUGAAACAGAUACACGCAGAUUUCUAUCAAGACAUGUAAGUAAUAUUCCCGAGGAAGAAGAAGAAUCGGUGCGUAUUGAUACUUUGAAAGACUUGACCUUAAUCAGCAAAGAUGCAAGCGACAGCGAUCUUAGUUCGUUGUCCGAUUCGGAUAAAACAAACGAGAGAUUGGAUUUCAACGGAGCAUCUCCUUUAGAAUCAUCUGCACCUUCCAUGUCAUAUAAACCAGGCUUCCACGAACUAAACUCUCUGAAAAACGUGACCUUGAUUAGCAAAGAACUAAGCGAUAGCGAUCAAGACUCGUUAUCCGGGUCGGUUAAAACACAAGGGACAGUCAAAUUUAACGAGACAACUUCCGCAGAAGGCUCCCACAUGCCAGUUAUAAAAACAAGCCCUAAUAAAUUCCAGUUCAGUCAAAUGAAAUCCCUCAAAGACUCGGUUCUAAGCAGUAAGGAGUUGAGCGACACCGACUCCUCCGAAUCCAUCCAACAACGCGGGAUAUUAAAAUUUCAAGAAACGACGUACGCUGAAGCGUCAGAGCAAGCUGUUGCAAGUAGUAAUCCUAAUAUUUUAUUCAAAACAAACUUCAAUAAGUUGAGAUCUCGUCUCUCGCGGGAUAGAGCGAUACCGGAAGAAAACAGCGAGCGAGAGAUCGACUGCUCAUGCAAUCGACUGGAUGAGAUGAGUCUCUCGCAGGAUGAGUGGAUAGUGGCGACCCCUCCCUUGUAUGGGUGGGAGGACACAUAUGAUGAAGAGAGCCCGGUAGUCGAGAGGUCGAGGGAGGAUUUAUGGCGCAGUGUGUUGACACACGCCAAAAAAUCGGCCAACACCGCUGCUAAGUGUAUCGGCACGGUUGGGGAUGCGUUUGGUUGGUGGAGCGUAGUUCAACACAUGCACAGUUACUUAAAAUGUAUAGAGGAUAAAGACAAUUUGGUUCCUACCGAUGAGGACGACGGAUACGGUUUCUUGGAGAUAGAUAAUGACAAUGAUGACAAAGCUUAAACAACAUUUGGGAAAUAGUACAAUUCUACGUCGACAAUGCAAAAAAUAAAU